AUGAUUGUGGAAGUCCAUGAACUAGACAAAAUAAACGGCAGAAAUGAUCAUGCUCCAGCUGUACAAUUGAAGAAAACAAUUGGAUUAGCAAGUAGUAUAACAAUCAUAGUCGGCUCCAUGAUUGGAUCUGGAAUAUUUGUCAGUCCAACUGGAAUACUGGAAAAUGUUCAAAGUAUCGGAGCAAGUCUUAUCAUAUGGGUCGCUUGCGGGAUUUUUAGUAUGUUAGGAGCAUACUGUUAUGCCGAGUUAGGCACAAUGAUUCAUCGUUCUGGUGGAGAUUAUAUAUAUGUUUAUGAGGCAUUUGGUCCAUUUCUUGGGUUUCUUCGAUUGUGGUCGGAAGUAGUUGUUGCCAGACCUGCAUCUAUUGCAAUAUUGGCAAUGACAUUUGCGAAAUAUAUCGCGCAGCCGAUUUUCCCAACCUGUGAUCAACCUGAAAUUGCAGUACGUCUUUUAGCUACAGUUUGCAUUGUCCUAUUGAGUUUUGUCAAUGCCUUCUCUGUACGCCUGUCUACAUUCGUUCAAGAUAUAUUUACCUAUGCAAAACUUGCUGCCUUAGUCAUGAUCAUUAUUACUGGACUCGUGCAAAUAGGUUUUGGUCAUGUUGAGGGACUUUCUGGAGCAUUCGAUAAUUCUAACUGGAGUCCAGGAGCAGUGACAAAAGCUUUCUAUGUUGGGCUGUUUGCUUACUCUGGAUGGAACUACUUGAAUUGUAUGAUUGAAGAAAUGAAUAACCCUCGUCGUGAUUUACCACUCGCUAUAAUUAUUUCUUGUCUACUUGUAACAUUUAUUUACACAAUGGCGAAUGUAGCUUAUGUUACUGUGGUGUCACCUCAUGAAAUACUUACUACACCAGCCGUAGCUAUUACCUUCGCUGUGCGAAUUUAUGGUGUCAUGUGGUGGAUUAUGCCUGUAUUUGUCGCUCUAUCUACAUUUGGUGGAGUCAAUGGAACUGUAAUGACUACAUCAAGAAUGUUUUUUGCUGCAAGUCAAGUAAAUCAAAUGCCGAAAUUUUUGUGCUUUUUGCAUGUGGAUAGAAUGACACCUAUAACAGCUGUUAUAUUCACGUGUCUAACAUCAUUAUGUUAUUUGUUUGUUGGUGAUAUCUAUUCCUUGAUAACAUAUCUUGGAUUUGUACAAUGGCUUGCUAUUGGUUUAUGCGUAUUAAUUGUACCUGUGUUUAGAGUGACUAGACGAAAUCAACCACGUCCUGUGAGGGCACCCAUCUUAUUCCCGAUAAUAUUUGUGUCGGUAACUCUAUUUUUGGUAAUUUUUGCAUUCGUAGCAGCACCAACAGAAUCUUUAUUCGGUUUAGCCAUAAUUUGUACUGGUAUACCAGUCUACAUAAUUGGAUGUGUAUGGAAGAAUAAACCACAGUCAUUCCAAAGAAAGUUUAAGUCUUUUACUAUUGGAGUGCAAAAGUUGUUUAAAGUUGUACCAACGGAUUAA